AUGGCAGAACUUGUAGAAGAUACAAAACCUUUAAGAGAAUUGUUCUCACCCGUAGCCACAAAUCCUCCUUCUUGUAUUGUGUUACCCAUGACAAAUGCGACACAUUUUGAGUUGAAACCUCACAUAAUACAACUUCUUCCUCAAUUUCAUGGGAUUGAACGAGGGAAUCCAUAUAUGCAUGUCAAAGACUUUCUUGAAAUUUGUGCUACCUUUAGGUUUCAAAAUUUUUCUGAGGAGUCUGUUAAAUUGCGCCUUUUUUCCUUCUCACUGAAAGAUAAAGCAAAGGCAUGGUUAAAUUCUCUACCCUCUGGCUCAAUCACUUCAUGGGACACCCUCGUUAAAAAGUUUCUUUCAAAAUUCUUUUCAAUGUCUAAAACAACUAGUCUAAGGAGAGAGAUUACUGAUUUUUGUCAAGAAGAACAUGAAAAGUUUUAUGAGAGUUGGGAGAGAUUUAAAGAUCUUAUUUUAAAGUGCCCCCCUCAUGGUUUUGAAACAUGGAGACUAGUUCAAUUUUUCUAUAAUGGUUUAACUCAGUCUAGCCGCAAUAUGCUUGAGUCAAUGAACAGGGGUGGUUUUCUAAAUCUUAGGGGCGAUGCAGCUUAUGAAUUUCUUGAAAAUUUGUCUGAAAGAUCUCAACAGUGGGAUUUUACUUCUCAUCGAGACAAACCAACUCCUACACCUAAGAGAGGAGGAUUAUAUGAGGUGAAAGAAGAUUCUGAUAUGAGAAUAAAAUUAGAUAAUCUUACUCGAAAGGUUGAGGUGCUAGCUUUAAGUCGAACUAUGGAGUCAGCCAAUCAAGUUCACAGUGAAGUGUGUUCUCUUUGCGGUAGUCACAUGCACACAAUGCAAACAUGUCCUUCCAUUAUUGGAUAUUCUGACAACUAUAUUGAACAAGCGAACGCACUUAAUAAUUAUGGAAAAUCAUUUGCUAGUCCUUUUUCCGAAACAUACAACCAAAAUUGGCGAAAUCAUCCAAACUUUUCAUGGCGUCAGAACCAACCUUCUACAAAUAUAGGUGGGCAACCAUUCCAUUCACAAAAUUAA